AUGUUUCCCCUUGACUGGGUGAUUGUGACCCUGUGUCAGUGCACGGAGACCGCUAUCAGUCAUUUGAUCUUUUCUCUCCUCUUCCUCUUCUUCUUUGCUAUUCAUUUAAUUCCUCGUCAUCUUUUUUUUUCUUGUCUGUUCGUCUUUUCCUUCCUCCUCCAAUGUCUUCUCCUUCUCCUCUUCUUUUCCCCCUCCUUCCCACAUCGUAUUCUCUACCCCCUUUCUACUCUUUUUCUAUUACUUCUUCCCUUUCCUUUUUUUCUAUUUGGUUCUCUCCUUUCACUUCUCUUUCUACCUCCUUUCUUUUCUUUCAUUUUCUCUUUUUCUUUUCCUUUCCUUAAUUUCUCUUCUCUUUCUAAAAACUUUCGCCUCUUCUUUCUCUGUUCGUGUUUUUCUCACAUUUUCGUCUCGUUUGUCAAGUUCUCUUUUUUCUUCCUCUGCUCAUAUUCUACUACCAUAAUAUUUACGCCUCUCUUCUUCUCCCCUCAUUGUAGUCUUCCUUUCUUUUUUUUUUCUUCCGCUUCUUUUCAUUGGUCCAUUAUUUCUCUCCCUCCCUCUUAUUCUUUUCUCCUCCUGCUUCCUCAUCUUUUCCUCUCUCCAUUUCUUAUCUUUCUCUCUCCUCAUACCCUUCUCAGAUUCUACUCAUUUAGUCUUUUCCUCCCUCCACUUCUUUUCCCCAUUUUCGAUUACAUUUUCUUCUUAACCGCCUCUUCUUUUUUCCUCUUACCCAUUCUCUUUUAUACUUUUUUCAUUCUUCUCCAAUUUCUCUCUUCCAUUUCCCAUAUUUCUCUUCCUCACUCUUUUCGCCCGACUUCCUCUUUUUCUUAA